AUGUUGCUACAGGGAUUGGCUUUGGCCAGUCUCAUAGCAGUCGCGCUGGGUGGUGCUUCGAAUACCGUAACCACUUGGAAUGGCACACUUUCGUAUACGGAAGAUUGGGGUUAUGUAAAGAUUCGUGACAACGCGAAUACGUUCUGGUGGCUGUACUCUGUGCAACCAGCCAACAAUCGCCCUCUAUUUUUGUGGCUUCAGGGCGGUCCUGGGUCCUCGUCAUCUGGAUAUGGAAACAUUGAAGAAUUGGGGCCCAAAGAUUUGGAUGGAAAGGAUAGGAUCAGCACAUGGUUACAAGUUGCCGAUCUUGUCUUUGUCGACAACCCCGUUGGGGCCGGCUUCUCCUAUGUAGACAAAGAUGAAGCACUCACCAAAAAUGUCACCCAAAUUGGCCAAGACCUGCUCGCGUGGGCCAAGUCCUUCUUCACCCAACACUCCGAAUACCGUAGCCGGCCGUUCUACAUUUUCUGUGAGAGUUAUGGUGGCAAGAUGAGCGCCGAGUUCGCCAGGGUCAUCGUCGCUAACAACAACAUUCUGAGGCUCAACUUUAAAGGAGUGGCACUUGGUGAUAGUUGGAUUUCUCCAAUGGAUUAUGUCAAUUCAUGGGGACCAUAUCUCUACACAAAUUCAUACCUCGAUGAUGCUCAACUCAAACAAGUCCAAUCCCAAGCCUCUAAAUGUCAAAAAUUGGUCGAUAACAACCAAUGGUCAGCGGCCACAAACUGCUGGGGAGAUAUGGAGGAUCUUAUCGGAAGCCUAACAAAUGGCGUCUCCUGGUAUAAUAUCCUUAAAUACGGAGGUCAAGAUGAUUGGUCAAAGAGGAGGAAGCGAGAGAUCUCCAACUACGUCCCCGGAUCUGUCGGUCGUCUCUACUCCCGUCAUGUAAAGCCCUUCUAUGGGGUUGAAUUGAACGACUAUAUGGAUACGGUAGUGAGGGCCAAGCUUGGGAUUAUCCCUGCUAACGUCAGAUUUGGAAUGCAAUCUGGGAAGGUAUUCAGCUACCAGCAGGGAGAUUUUAUGGUCCCGAACUAUGAUACGGUCGACAAUCUGCUGAAAGGAAACAUUAACGUGAUUGUCUACAAUGGAAAUCUGGACCUGAUUUGUGAUACUUUGGGCACCGAACAAUGGGUGAAUCGAUUGACUUGGAACGGCCUUAAUGGAUACCAAACGGCAACCAAGCAAAGCUUUGGCACCAAGAGCUUCCCCCUGGCCGGAUACGUCAAGAAAUACCAAAACUUCCAAUUCUGGUACAUCCUCCGCGCCGGGCAUAUGGUGGCCCACGACACGGAAGAGACUGCGAUUUACAUGCUGAACCAAAUUUUGAAGUCUACU